GUAUUGUGUUAUCUUAGUGUGUAGGUUCCUUAAAAUUAGAAUUAAAGGUUUAGAGUGGUAAAUGUGGCUUUAUUAAUAUGGAACUUUCGCAAAUGAUCACCAAAUUAAUCAUAUAUGACCUAAUUCUUAAAACUAUUGUUAUUAUGGACACCAAACAGUAAAUUUUACAAGUAAAGAGACAAAUCAUAGUCAGUGUUAUCAACAAUAUACCAGGAUACAUCUUUCCAGAAUUUGCUAGGACAGCUGUUGUUUCUACAUUCACACGGUAAACAAAAUAAAUAUUUAGGAUAAUAUCGAGGCUGUAUGAUUUUAAAAGAAACUUCUCUAUAAGAGGGAGAUAUUUCCCAAGUAUUUCUUUUAAAUAUUCCCCCCCCCUUUUUUCACCAAUUUCCUGAAAAGUUCAAAUGAAAUGUGUGAAAAUUAUUUAAUUGGUCAUACCUUCUAAAAACUCAGUUGCCCAAAACAACGUGAGGAUGAACAUGUUUUUUUUUCUUUUGUUUUGAUCCUUAUAAUACAACUUUUUUUUGAAAAAUAUGUACAAUUCUAUGUAUCUUAAUUGUACUGCAUUCAUUUAUAUUUCAUUAAUGGGGUGUCUUUCAUAUGAGAGUGUCCUUACAGAGUCCUUGAGUAAAUGGUUGUUAAUCCAGUUUAACAACCCUUCACACCUGGGCUCACCUGGCCUCACCAAAAGUUAGAACUGAAGGAGCCUCUUGGAUGAGAGGUGAAAGUCCAGUUCCCCAUACAGCACUUAGAUUAAGUUAAGGUUAAAAAAUAAUAAGAAUAAUAAUAAAGAAUAAAAACAUGUUCAUCCUCCACUGUUUUUCUCCUGUUGGUCUAUACAUUAUGACCUAUUGCUCUUGUCAAAAAAUGCUCAGAUUUAUACUCUUAGUCUUCAAAACGUUCACCCUCGGGCGUGACUGGACCCUCAGUACUUCUAAAAAAAAAAAAAUCCAGUCCACACCCCUGACACCAUCAGAACCGGGUCGGAGGUGUUCCCGAUCAGACCGUGCAGUGAUCAGCAGUCAUGGUCACUCAGACCCUCCUCGGCUCGUCCUAUCCGCGGCGGCUCUCCCGAGCUGUGUGACUCGCUCACGGCCGCUCCUCAUUGGCUGCCGGCGGACUGGAGCAGGUCGCUCUCCUCGGUGCUGAAAUCGCUGCUCGUCGUGAUCAUGUAAACGGCGAUGAGGCCAAAAAACGGAGCGUCUGUCAGGAAACACCAAAAUGGACGAUGAUCUGUUCCAACUGAGACAGCUGCCUGUUGUUCGCUUCCGUCGCACAGGUGAGAGCACGCGCUCGGAGGACGAUGGCGAGAACAGAGAACAGGUCAUCAGGAUUGCCGAGCAGACUGAUCAGGAGUCUGUGGCGCUCGCAGACGGAGCCCCGGUUCCUCGGGAGUUUGCAAAUCCAACUGAUGACACAUUCAUGGUGGAAGAUGCCGUAGAGGCCAUCGGCUUCGGGACGUUUCAGUGGAAGCUCUCCAUCCUCACCGGGCUGUCAUGGAUGGCCGACGCCAUGGAGAUGAUGAUCCUCAGCAUCUUGGCCCCACAGCUCCACUGCGAGUGGAGGCUGCCCAGCCUGGAGGUGGCACUGCUCACAUCGGCCGUGUUUAUCGGGAUGAUGAUCAGCUCUUCUCUGUGGGGAAACAUAUCUGACAAAUAUGGCAGGAAGACAGGUCUCAAGAUGAGCGUCCUGUGGACUAUGUUCUACGGCCUGAUGAGUGCAUUUGCACCUGUUUAUGGGUGGAUCCUCGUCCUCCGUGCACUGGUGGGCUUUGGCAUCGGAGGAGCCCCGCAGUCGGUGACGCUGUAUGCUGAAUUUCUGCCCAUGAAGUCCAGAGCUACAUGCAUCCUGUUGAUUGAGAUAUUUUGGGCGCUGGGCACCGUGUUUGAGGUCCUCUUAGCGAUCCUGGUGAUGCCCACUCUGGGCUGGCGUUGGCUGCUCGGCCUCUCUACCAUUCCUCUCUUCAUCUUCGCCUUCUUCUGUUUUUGGCUUCCAGAGAGCGCUCGAUACGACGUGCUGACGGGGAACCAGGAGAAAGCUCUGGCCACACUGAAGCGCAUCGCGACAGAGAACGGAGCACCGAUGCCUCUGGGAAAACUUAUCGCUGCCCGGCAGGAGGAUCGGGGGAAGAUUAAAGACCUGUUUUCAUCACACUUUCGCUGGACCACAGUCCUGCUGUGGUUCAUUUGGUUUGCGAAUGCCUUCUCCUACUACGGCCUGGUGCUGCUCACCACCGAGCUGUUCCAGGAGGGGGGUGCGUGUGGAAUGUCCAAAGGCAAUAAGAGGGAGCUCCGCUGCAGCUUGGAGUGUAAAUAUCUGAACUCUGAUGACUACAAAGACCUGCUGUGGACCACCUUGUCUGAAUUCCCAGGGCUGCUGGUGACCCUGUGGGCUAUCGAUCGGCUGGGAAGGAGGAAGACCAUGGCGCUGUGUUUCUUCAUCUUCUCUAUGUGCAUCAUUCCACUCUAUGGUUGUGUUGGGAGAACAUCCAUGACAGUGUUGAUAUUCAUCGCGAGAGCUUUCAUCGCAGGCGGAUUUCAGGCUGCCUACGUGUAUACGCCAGAGGUGUAUCCAACAGCGACCAGGGCUUUAGGUCUGGGAACCAGCAGUGGAAUGGCCAGAGUUGGUGCCCUCAUUACACCUUUUGUUGCACAGGUGAUGUUGGAGUCGUCUGUGUACCUCGCUCUGUCGGUCUACUGCUGCUGCUGCCUUCUAGCCGCCAUCGCCUCCUGCGCACUCCCGAUUGAGACAACAGGCCGAGGCCUGCAGGAGUCCAGUCACCGCGAGUGGGGCCAGGAGAUGGUGGGCCGGGCCUCCACCCCCGGCUCAGGGAGGAUCCCUCAGUCCAGCUCCGGCUCCCAGGGUUGAGAACACAUUGGCUGGAGUCCAACCGAGAGAGGCGACCACGGCGAGGAAAAGAGGAAAGAAGGGACAAAAAAAAAAAAGAAGCUGGAGGAGCUUUCUGUGUCCAUCCCCUGUCCCAUCCAAAGACUCUUCAGUUUAGUCACCACAGUGGCUUCAGAGAGCCAGGCAGCACAGUAUUAUCUACUAUUAUUAUAAUAUAGUCUUCAAACACCAUCGCUGUCACAUUUUUGCCACUGAAUAAAUGCACACGGGGUGAUUGCUACAACCAAAUGACCUAC